AUGAAGGAAGAGAAAAAAAGUCGAAAUGGAGAUUUAUGGAAGAAUGCAGGAUAUCCCCAAUGGCCAGCCAGAGUCCAUGAUCCAUCGAAAUCAAUUUCAUCAGCCGUUAGAAAAGCACAACCUAAAAAUAGUCCUAUAAUUCUGCUUCAUUUUUUUUCAAGUAAUGAUUAUGCAUGGUUAACUCCAGAUUCUGUUACAGAUUUUUUAUCACAUCCACAAAUGAAAAACAAACCAAAAAGCAAACAAUGGCAAAAGGCAUAUAAAGCUGCAUUAAGAUAUAUUAAAAAUGGAAACAAAGACGUUACAUCAUCAGAGAGCGAAUCAGAAAGUGAAUCGGAUGACUAUUCAGAUGACUCAAAUGUAGAAAGUGAUUCAAGUAGUGAGUCAGAAAAUGAAAAAGUUUCAACGCCUAAAAAAUCAUCAUUAGAUUCUAAAAAUAGUAUUGCCAAAAAGAAAUCAACCAACAGUAGCAGUAGCAGUGGUAAUGGCAGUUCAAAAUCGGAUUCUAGUAAAAAAUCAAAAUCGAAAUCAAGUAAUGGCUCAGGCAGCAGUAGUAGUGGCAGCAGUAGCAGUAAUAGCAGCAGUAGCAAGCAAAAGGGUAAAUCAACAGAUUCAAAAAGUUCUAAAAGUAGUAAAAAGGAUUCAUCCUCAUCAUCUUCAUCGUCUUCAAAAAAGAAAGCCAGCAGUAACGGAAAAAGAAAGAGUAGAGUUGUCAGUGAUAGCGAAAGUAGUGAUAGUGAUAUUGCCACAAGUGAUUCUGAUUUAAGUGAUUCUAGCUUUAGUAGUAAAAGCGAAGACGAAGUUAAAGAAAAAAAGCAUAAAAGAUUAAAGAAAAUUGAAGAACCAGUCACACCAAAAGCAAAAAAAGAAAAAGAAAAGGAAAAAGAGAAAGAAAAAGAGAAAGAAAAGUUAAAUGGCACAACAGUUAAAAAAGAAACAAAUUCUACAAAAUCUACAAGUACAUCUAGCUCAGCAUCAUCCACUACUUUAUCAUCCAGCUUAAAAAAUUCAAAUGAAAAUAUAGGUUUUACAGGUUCUUCCAAUAGUAAAAAGCCAACAUCAGUUCCAUCAUCCCCACCACUUAGAUCUCCAAUUACAACCACUACCACCACUACAACCACAACACUUUUAUCAUCUCCACCAUCAUCACAAGCUAACAAGACUAAACUUUCAAAUAGUGGCACAAAUAAGAUACCGACAUCAACUAGCACUAGCACAACAACAACAACCAAUGAUUCAUUUUCAAUUGAUGAUAAGCCAUAUUAUAAAGAUCCACCAAUUUUUUCAACUACUCCUAUCAAAUCUAAUGGUGGUACCACUAAAUUAAAUAGAGUCUCAUCAGAACCAUCACCAUGGUCUAUUGACACAUCAGAUAUCAGACAACAAAACUCUCCACCAGUUCAAACUCAUCUUUCAUCUAUAGGCACAAGCAGCACUAAUACCAGUAGCAUUUAUGAAAAUUACGCAAACAAGUAUGCAGGCAUAAGUGAUCCCUACGCUACAGGUUUAUACACAAAUAGCUCGACAAGAUUUGUAGAUGAUUAUUAUGCUUCAUCAUUAUAUGGUGGAAAGGUAGACCCUCUUUUAUCAUCAAGCUCAACUACAACAACAUCAACAACUAGCACUACACCUUUACCAAAAUCCUACUAUCAUCCAUAUGGAAUGAUAGAUGUACAGAAACCACCACCUUAUGGUAAUUAUAAAACUUCAACACCAAUUUCAUUAUCAACUACAACUACAACUUCAUCAACAUCAACACCACACCAACCACCAAAUUCAAAUAGUUCAACCCACAUGUACAGUCCACAGCCACAUUCAUCCGGUGAAAUACUGGAUUCAAGAAUAUCACCACCAAAACAUCACCAUUUAGAUUCUUACUACGAUCACGAUGAUUAUAGAAAUGAUAGAAGAUAUGGAAGACCAGCCCCACCUUAUAGUAGCAGAGAUCAUUUAGACAGAAGGGGUGACAUCGACCCAUAUCACAAAUCAAGACCUCCACCAUUACCAGUUGGCAGGAGAGAUGAUUAUCCACCAAUUCCACAAUCACAUAUAAGUCGUAGUUUAGAAUACGAAAGAGAUUAUAGAGAUCGUCCACCUUCUUCACUCCCACCAUCAUCAUCUACCCAGCCUAUAGGAGGAGGUUUUAGAAAUGACCCAUACUAUGACAGAAAUAGAUCAAGACCACCACCAUACAGAGAUAGUCGUGAAGUAAGACCACCAUAUAGAGGUGCCGAUCGUACCGAUAGAAUGCUCGAUCGUGAAAGAGACUGGGAUCGUAAUGACAGAAUUCUCGAUCGUGAAAGAGAUUGGGACCGUAGUGAUUCAAGAUUACACGACUAUAGAGACAGAGAUAUAAGGGACAGCAGGGAUUAUAGGUCAGAUUUUAGAGAUAGAGAUAUGUGGCAAGAUAGGGAAAGAGAGAGAGAUAGAAUGCACAUCGACCGUGAUAGAGAUAGAAUAGGUGAUCGUGAUAGAGACAUAUGGCAGGAAAGAGAAAGAGAUAGAAUACACAUCGACCGUGAUAGAGAAAGAAUGGGUGAUCGCGAUAGAAUUCUUGAUCGUGAUAGAAUUAUUGACCGUGAUCGUGAUAGAAUUCUUGACCGUGAUCGUGAUAGAUUUAUAGACCGCGACCGUGAUAGAUUUUUAGAUAGAGGAAUUGAUAGAGAUACAAGAGGUAGUAAUGACAACAGAGCAUCAUCUUCAAAUUCAUUGCCACCAUCAAACCCAAAUGGUUCAAAUCCAAAUUCAAACUUAAACGCAAACUCGACUCCAAGUUCUUCGAUACCAACACCACCAAAUACAACCACAUUAAAUUCAUCAUCAAUAACCUCAAUAACCUCAUCAUCAACAACUACAACAUCCAAUACAACAAACAAUGAUAUUUUACCAUCCUCAAAUAUAUUAAGUGCUCCUAUUACUCCCAGUAAACGAGAGAGUAAAUGGGAUAUCGACCGAAAAUAAUAUAAUAAAAUAAUAAUAAUAAUAAUUACAAUAACAAGAGAUAAUAACAAUAAUAAACAGAUCCAGAUCCAUAAUUAUUUUACCAACCAUAUAACCAAGAAUACAAAUAUUUUUUUUUAAAGAAAAAAAAAAUAAAUAACUACGACAAAUUUUUUUUUUUUUUAAUAUAUGAUUAUUAAAAUUAAAAAAAAAAUAAUUAUAUUG